AUGCUUCUCAGCCCGUCUACGAUCGUCACUCAAGAUGGACCCGGCGGUGACGAGCCAGGGCUCAAUGCAGCAAGAACUUCCUUCAAUCAGAGAUCGUGGGAUGACCGCCAGCAAGCUCCCAACAUAGACGCAGUUGACCUAGGUCCCCCAAUAUCUACACUUCGGAGUCUUGGAGCGAUGCACGGGUACCCGCGAGCGCACGAGUUGGACAGCGAUGUUGCGACUACAGCGAGGAGCCGAGAGUCAACAGCGCAGUACGGGCCGUUCGACCCGAUAUCCAAUGGUAUAUUGACUAUGAACGAAGCCUCACGAGCCAUAGACGUAUUCUUUCAGCACUGUCACCCAAUGGCACCAGUGUUGAGCGAAAGCCUACGAUCACAAGCAGCAUCCCUGAGGACCGGAAGAUCAAUGUUAUUUUUGACCCUUUGCUCAAUAGGAACUCGGUUCUGGCGGCCUACUGACAUGGCUGCACAUAAGUGGCCGACAUGGCAUCCCAAGUGUUCGGAACUAGCAGUCCUACUCGACAAGGCUGUCUCACAACUACUGCUACGUCCGACUCCCAACGAUGUUCAUGCCGAUUCGGUGGUAGUCCUCUUACUGUAUGCGCAAUGGAUGCCGUACGGUAAGCAAGCGUUCCAAGACACAAACGACGCCAGCAGAAAAAGGAGUGUCAAGCGGUCCUUGAGUCGCUACAACGACAUCAGCGCCUGGGCAGUGCUCGGGUUGGCAGCUAGAUAUGCGGCCAUACUUGAUCUUGGACGAGGGGCCAUUGCUCCGUUCAGACGACAACAACUGGCCAUUACGCAUGAAGACAUGUCAAAGCUCCGGAUCUGGUUCAAUCUACUGACUUGCGACUGGAACCUGAUGCUGUCUUCUUCUCUUCCGUCCACUCUUGACCCGACAGAGGGUGCUACUAUUGCACGAACUUUUGGCACACAUCCCAUCGCACAGCAGCCCAACGACCUACGGUAUGCAGCGUUGGUGGAGCUUGUCUCCAUAUCGCAUAGUGUUCUUGAGACGAACAAAGAGUUCUCGGCGCGGCGAUUGAACGCGGCUGGCCUGCGAAAAUUCAACAUGGCCUGUGACGAUUGGGAGAGUACUGACAGUUUCUCAGGGUCGACUUAUUUUCAGCACGUUCAUCUGCCAUUUACUUCGCUGAGGUGGUGUCGUCUUGCGCUCAACAGUGCAGUGCUUGGCCCAUACCUGAACUCAAACCCCGAUGAAAAUAUUCAGCCAUCUCACUUGUGGGUUCUGGAAGCCGUUGAAACUAGCAUUUCAGCAGCGACACAGAUUAUAUUCUGCGUAUCAACUCUCGGCCACGAACACAUAUGGAGCCUGGAUGCACAGAAUGCGUCGACAGUUCCGCGCGAGCCUUUCGUUGUUGACAAGGUUACGCUCGAGCGUCUAAGCUAUGCUGUGGACUCGACGUGGGUCUCAUAUACUUUUGCCGUGACAUUUUUGGCAUUUUGUUACGUGAAAGGAGUUGUCAAUGACGAGCUGCGUUUGCGAUGCUUGACGGGUGCAAACUCGCCUCAGAAUGUGGCCCCACGCUCACCCCGACCGGGAUCCCUUCUCGCACGGCUUCUUCGACUUGCCCUCGACCUGUUCGAUGCCAUGUGUGAGGGCCCAAUCUUUCCGCUAGCACAGGAGCUGCAGGGCGUUGUCAAAGACUGCGUCAUUCUGUUACUAGCAGACGACGGUGGCAAUCGAAACAACGAGGUCCAAGUCGACACCACGGGCAUGCAGUCUCUGUUCGACCAGAUGAUGGAUCCAGGGUUCGACUGGCCAGUCUUCACCGAGGACUGGGAUAUUGGAGGGACACCGUUAAUAUAG